AUGUUGCACGAAGGAAAGGAAAGACAGAAGUUCAUCAGUGAUGCCCAAUAUCUGCGGGACAUGCAGCAUAAGGUGGACUCUGAAUAUCAGGCUUGUCUGAGACGACAGGAACACAGAAGAGAUCCAACUGAGAAAAAGCGAGACCAAUUUUGGGGGCAAGAGACAAGUUUAGAGAGAUCACGGUUUUCAAGCGGGUCAUCUUCCAGACAGAGUUCUGGUGAGGAGGACCCUCUUGCUGAACCAAGAUUAACUGCCAAGACAUCCUCAGUUAAAUGUGAUUCCAAACUUCCAGCAAUUGACCAAACAUCUGUCAAGCAGAAACACAAAAGUACCAUGACUCCAAAGAAACCAGAAAAAGCAGGUCCCAGUAAACCUUCUCCAGCAGACCAGGCAGCCCAGAUUUUAUCAAGGAAGAGGAGGCCAAACCUGGGGAGAUUGACAGUCAGCCCAGAAACACAGAGCCCAAGAGCUUCUGGGGAUCGAAGCAGACCGAAAUCACAGCUGAUGGGGAAGGUGUCGGCACUCAGGGGAGCAGAUCCAGUAAUUCAACAAGAAGCCCCAGUGUGGGCAAGUGACACUAAGCUGAAGAGGCCAACUCGAGAGAGAAGAAAGUUAGUCCCAUCCUCACAGCUGCUGAUAACAGCUGAGGACACCUCUGACAGAGCCAACAAAGGAGAUGACAAGAGGACUCUUUCCCAGAGUGAGCCACCUUUAGUUCUAGCCCACGCCUUCCAAGGAGCAAAUGGUCCUCAAGUAGUGAAUGAGUCCUUGGGGCCACCAGUCACAUCCACCACCAUGGGCGGUCCAAGAAGGACCCCAUUUAUGUUCAGAGAUGAGGAUUUUUAUUCCACUUUAUCAUUAAACAGUGGAGAAGAAAAUGAUGACACAGAAGAGGAAACUCACUUAGAGGAAGAACUUCUCUUGGCUGGCAUGCACCCACCCCAUUCUCCUUCGAAUCAUAAGAGAAGUAGAUUUCUCGGGACAUUUGCUAGCCAGUCCAAAAAUAAACCUUCUGAAGGAGAUCCCAAAAAGCGCAGAGCUCAUUCUUUAAGAAGUGAGCUUAGUCAUGGCUCACUAAGAAUAAGCAAUGCCGUGCAGCCAGAGACAGAGCGCCCUUCUGUGGGGCAAAGGAUGCUCCAAGACCAUGGGUUGCUUGAUGGGGAGUCUACUACAGAGGCUGUUAGUAGUAACAGUGAAAACAAGAAGACGACUUUUCAUUCAUGGGACACCAAAUCUGAAGCCAAACAACACGAUGGUUUCAGUGCUGGAAAUGUUCAUGCUGAUUGUACUUCUACAGCAGAAAGGCCCGGAACCCAUGAUUAUGGAAGAGAUUGGCUAGACUAUUUAAAUGGUCCUAGAAAUUCUUUUGACUGCUUUCUUUCUGGUAGACCCACAGCACCAAGAUCAUCAGUGAAUUCAUCUUAUAACCCUCCAGGAUCAUUAAUGCAGUCUCCUCUGAGAGAUAAUAUUUCAGUAGACUUUUCAGUGCCCUUUUCUUCCGUUCACAGUUCAGACUCAGAAGGAAAUUCAAGAUUUAAUAUUCGUCGUCCACUCUCCCCCAUUAGAAACAGAAAUCCAUUUGUCAGUGCUGAAAACCACAGUGAUUUUCCAGUAAACAGUGCACAUGAAUUUGAUGUCAGGGGAGCAGAAGAUAAUACCUUAACAAGCCAACCUCAGGGGGCUCCAUUAUAUUCAGAAACUCUCUUACUAAAUCCUCAAGGUGGCUUGUCCUCCAUGGAUUCUUCCAGCGCCUCGCCCUCAGGGAUUCAGUUGCAAGGCAGAUUUCACAUGCCUGGACACCCACAAGGAAACAUACCUUUGACUUUCUUCACAGUGUCUGAUUUCCCGAGUCAAAGUGUCAAUGGGGACAGAACGGCAGCCUCCAGUUUCCCAGAUGUAAGGGAGGAUACUAGAAUAAAAACAGACCCCGAAAAACUCAAGAAAUUACAGGAAAGUCUCCUGGAGGAGGACUCAGAGGAGGAAGGAGACUUAUGUCGCAUCUGCCAGAUAGCCGGGGGAUCCCCCACCAACCCUCUUCUGGAGCCUUGCGGCUGUGUGGGAAGCCUGCGGUUUGUUCAUCAAGGAUGCCUGAAAAAGUGGCUGCAAGUGAAAAUAACAUCAGGAGCAGAUCUAGGUGCCGUGCGAACAUGUGAAAUGUGUAAGCAAGGCCUUCUGGUCGAUCUGGAGGACUUUAACCUGAAUGAGUUCUACCAGAAGCACCAGCAGUCCCGGGCACAAAAUGAGCUGAUGAAUUCAGGCUUUUACCUGGUGCUACUGCUUCAUCUCUACGAACAGAGAUUUGCAGAACUCAUGAGACUCAACCACAGCCGGGUUGCAAGACGGAGGUUGUCAAGAAAUUGUCCACAACCCAGGCCGGAAGAAAAUGAAAAGACGGUGGGGAGGAGCCCCCCAGUCCCUGUCCUGGGCGCGACUGCAAGGCCCCGGGGAGCCUCCGGGUGGCCGCCCCACGACCCCAGCAUGGUCGCCUCGGCCUCCGGAAAGGAAGUCUACGAGGCUCUGAAAGACCUUUGUGUCCCAGGCGCGUCCCCAUCGCUAGGUACAGAUGCCUGUCACAUUCGCCCCACCCGAGUCUGCCAGGUUCUAGGGAUCUCGCAGCCACGGGGCCGCCCUGGUGGCUUCAGUGGACAGGGGCGACCCCUGGUGCCCAGCACGCGCUGGUGCCUCCCGCGCUUUUUGAACCGCGUUCGCAGACUUUCCCCAGAGAUCCUCAAUCAGGAAAGGAGGGACCAGGUGAAGUUCCAGCCAGCCUGCAGGGGACCCCUGCCCUGCCGACCUAUUCAGCGGGCAGCCCUGCUCCACACAAAUGCCAAAAGUGGCACCCAGAACGACUUCUUCAGAUCCUACCUGGACUCCUCCUGCUCCCAGCAAGUGGGAGUGGAUGGGUGA